AUGUUCGACAUUGUACUGGCUAGUGGAGAACUUGGUAUCGAGAAGCCUGAUCCAAGAGUUUUUCAAUUAGUUGCUGAUCAUUUUGGAAUUCGUCCUUCCGAAUUGCUGCACAUAGGAGAUACUGUUAAGAAAGACUAUAAAGGAGCUACGGAUUUCGGGGCAAAUGCUGUUUUGUUCGAUCCAUCUUCAGCUGAUUGCGAUGUUCCAAGCAAUCACAGGAUCACAUCGUUCAGCCAGUUGAAGGUGGAGUGA